CUCCUUGUCUGCUCUCCAUCGAUGCCCUCCGGUUCCACUAGCAGCGUCUCGCAGGGCAGUGCAUGUUUGAGUUGUGGAGCUUCGCUGCGAUUUAAAGCAUCAUGGGCCGUCGCACCUCCGACAGUGAGGAUGACAGUCGCAGCAAGAAGAAGAAAAAGCAGCGACGUCGUUCAUCCUCCUCUUCCUCCUCUUCGUCCUCAUCCUCCGACAGCAAGGUGACCAGCGGCAAGGCUCGCAGGUCCAGUCGACGGAGCCGGUCUCGCUCCAGAGACAAGGACAGAGACAGAAGGAGAAGACGGCGUUCCAGCAGCAGCUCGUCCCAUAGCCCUUCUCGCAAGAGGAGGAGUCGCAGUGCAGGGAGAGACAAAGGGAGGAGCCACCGCUCGCACAGGUCCCGCAGCCGAGACAAGAGGUCUCAUUCUCGCCACCGAAGGUCUCGCAGUAAGAGUGGCAGCCGCACCCGACGAGGAAGCCACAGCCGCCGAAAGAGUCGCAGCCACAGCAGAGAGCGGGACCGGAGCCGGCGCAAGGGCCGCGACCGAGAGAGGGAGAAGGAGAAGGAACGGGACAGAGGAAGAGACAGAGACAAGGACAGGGACAAGGACAGAGACAAGGACAAGAGUAAAGAGAAGGCUGACAAAAAAAAGGCGGAUGCCGCGAACAUCAAAGCGAGAUUAGAACAUCUGACUCCAGCAGAACAGGCCAAAGUUCGAAUGCACAUGGUCCUUCAGGCUGCAGCCAAGACGGAUGAGGUGCUGAGGGCCAAAGUAGCCAAGAGAGAGGAGGAGGCCCGAAAGAAAUUAGAAGAAGGGGGAACUUCUCUGGAGGAGCAAGUGCGAAGGAUAAAGGACAUCGAGGCCAUCGAGAGUGAUUCCUUUGUUCCUCAGGCUUUCAAAUCAUCCAGGGAUGAUAUAAAGACGGAGCCAGUUGAGGUGAAGCAGGAGUCACUGAGUGCAGAUCCCCAGGACAUCACUCUUCCCAUGUCCAUAGUAUAUGACGACAGUGACGCACUCGCCCAUCCCAGUUUAUUCAUGGACAAAGAGAAGGCAGAGGAGCUGUGGCUCAACAGACUGGUCUCACUGCGACAGGAGAGGCUCAUGGGAAGUCCUGUGACCUGAAACACACAAGCCAACCCAGAAGAAACUUUCCCACUUCCUGGAAACGUUCAAUCCACAUCUACGUUCACUCAGUCGUGUUGGCUUCAAUCAUAGCUCAACCCCUGACUAUUUCUUAAUAAAUUUUAUAAGGACAUUAAAAACUUAUUUCUUCACCCUUCCACUAAUUUCUCCCACCUUUUUAGGAAGUUAAGAAAAACCUUUGGUCCUGGUGUGUUUUUUUAUUUUAUUAAUGUUAAUGUAAUUCAGUGAAACUUCUUCAUUUGGCUUCAUUUUGUUGCUACAGUCAGAUGAAAUGAUGUUUUACUUUGUAGAUGUAGCAUUUGGUACAUUUUUGUCUUUUGUAAUCAACUCAGUGAAUAAAGCUUGCUUAGAUUUUUUUGAAUGAAAAA